CUUUCCUGUAGCCAAUAGCUGGCACUGCGGUGCUGCCCUUCCUUCGCUGAUUGGUCAGGCUAGACGUCAGUGAAAUCUCAGUACGUCCCCAUUCGUCCUACCCUGGAGGUAAGAGGGGGCAGCAGUGAGGGACUCAGGUAGGUGGGUUCUUGGGCUCUGCCGGUACUGGGGUGUCGCUGCUGCCUCUGUGCUGGGAGGGGCCGUCAGCGCACCUCUGGCUUCAGCUGGGGAAAGGUCUGGGAGGGUGUUCCCCACAGAGGUAGUAGCAGCUCCCCCGAGGCUGAAGGGCCUCCAUGAUGAGGGCAUUAGUAUCGCCACCAAUGCCCAUCCUUUGGACUUGACCCUGCUGAGAUUUGGAGCCUUCAUUUUCAUGCUUGGCCUAUGCCCCCUGAGGCAAAGAAUGUGCCCUGCAUGGAAGAUGGGCAGCCUCCCCCCAGUUAUUUACCCAGCCCUAGCCUCUCCCUGAAUGGGGAUGUGCAUAAAAAUGGGACCUGGAGCUCACCCACACUUGUCUUUUGGGGGUUUAUAUAACCUGAGCAACAAGGUUUUUGUAAUCAUGCCUUUUUUGCCCAUGUGAAUAGGCUCUGGCAAACCUUAAACUUUAUUCACUGCCGCAGAAUUGCUGCAUUAUGAAGUAGUGUUUGGUUUGAAAAUUUCAGGCUUAGCUGAAUGGCCUGUAAGUCACAGGAUGGACCCAUCAAAAUGAGGGUGGCUGUUUACAAAAGAUAGUGUAAACUGGAGAUUAUUUUAAAUUGACUGAGGUGCAAGCUUUUCUGAAUCAUUCUAUUAUGACUCAUACAGUAAUAGAUCACAUAAUCCCUGUAUACAAAUACAAUCAAUUAGUACAAAUUUCCCUUUAUGGAAAGUGAGAAACUAGACUUUGUGAUUUUCUGAAAGGAGCUUUUUAAAAAUCUAGAAACUUUCCCUUUAUUUAGACUUAAGGGUAGGGAAAGAAUCACAUGUAGAUGUAAACAUUGUUUUACAGUUGAUGCUUACAAUUCGUCAUCUGUAUUUUUUUCAGGAAUUCUGCAUCAUGAAAAUGAUUGAGAAUGUUGACUCUGUAGUGACUAGGUCAAGCCAGGACCUCUGGGCUGAAAUCUGCUCCUGUCUGCCAGAUCCAGACCAGAAAGAUGACUUUAGUGAUACUUUUACAGAUUCCUUCACAGAUUCUUACAUCACUGGAGAAAGCCAGGAUGAAGAACCAGGUGGUUCUUUCCAAGCAAACCUGAAGCCCUGGGCACCUCUGAAAGAUUCAGAGAUAUAUUUAGCAUCACUAGCCUGUGUGCAGAAUUGCAAGGUUUCACAGUCUUUGCAACCAAAAGGGCUAGAGACUUGUCUUAAAAACGACAACUUAGAGUCUGGAGCACAAGAUGACAGCCUCCAAAAAGAAAUACUGGCCUGUUAUGCCACCACAAGCUGGCCCAAUUUGACUCCUUCCUAUGACACUCUUCUCUGUCAAAACUAUAAGAGAAGACUGAUGAGAAUUAAGGGUUUGUCUCAGGAAGUGACCUCCAAGGAUAUGCUGCAUACUCUUGCCCAAGCAAAGAAGGAAUGCUGGGAUAGGUUCCUGCAGGAAAAGUUUGAAUCUGAAUUUUAUGUGGAGGGACAUGAAUCUGAAGAGAGCACCCUGGAACAUUUAAAGCGGUGGCUGCAGCCUGAUAAAGUGGCAAUCAGUACUGAAGAGGUACAGUACCUGAUUCCCCCAGAGUCCCAUAUAGAGAAGCAAGAAACUGGGGAAGAGUCUCCAGCAGCAGAACAAUGAAAUGCACUCCAACCAUGCGAAGCAGCUGUCCAAGGACUGAUGGAGCUGCAUUCAGUGGCAGUAAUAAAAGGGUAGGGUGAGGAAAUUGCCAGGUUUUGGUCAGCAAGGGAAAGAGCUAUGGACAUCCAGAGGACAGAAUUGCAUUUGUUAUCGACAGGAGUGAAGUGUCCUGCAACUUCGUGCAUGCUGGACUUAAAUCUUGUUUUUAUCUACGUGGUUUCCCAUCGUGUAGCAAAACAGUCAUUCCAGUUUAAAAAAAAAAAAAAUUUGUAAUUCACUGAGAUGAUUACUGAACAAAAAAGGGGGAUAUCCUAGAAUAGCGCAGCUAAUAACUCAGAAGACAGACAUUUCUUCCUCCUUUCUUGUAUCCUCACUUUGUGGCUAUAUCUUUCCUGUUGCUAGCUUCACAGGCUUUACUCGUUGAUCUGUUACAACAAUUCCGCUGUAAAGUUAUCUAUAAAACUCCACAAUUUGUGCUUGAGUUGGCUCUAAACUGUAUCCUGGAGAGAUGAGAAACAUUUGUCCUGUUUGGAUUUGGUGCAAACUAAAUGGGAUCCUACUCUCCAAUGAUAAUUACCAAAGCCUGUUUAACAUUCUUCUCUUUAUAAUGUACCAGCCUGGAAUAUCACAUUUAUUGGACCUUCAGACAGUCUUGUAUGAAAAGUGUUCCUCUACUUUUUUUCUUCUGUUCGAUUUGUUUUUUCCCCACCCUAGAGCAGGGCAGGUUAGAUUCUAAAUCUAAAUUAUAGAUUCUAAAUCAGGGGAAGUGAUAACUGAUCAAUGGAUUGUUUUCAUGUUAAAUAAUUCUUACAUUAAGCCUGUUUGUAUAGAUACUUGAUCUGUUUUAUCUACAGCACACUGUCCCCAAUCAUUAUUCAGAGGGUCUGUAAUCCUGACCUUUGUAUGAGACUGACUCUUAUAAUUAUUGUAUAGCUGCAGUUUCUUAUGAUAUCAACAGUAUAGGGCAAUAGAGAGCAAUGGCUUACAGCUUCUGCUGGGUUCAUAAAACUGUAGUGAUUAGUUCUAAUACUUUAUACCGAUGUAGAAGUUAUGUAGCAAAAAUGGAUCUGUGAAAUGCACUUGCAAAUCAGCUUCUUGAAAUACCUACCACUGUUUCUAUGUCUCCAUAAUUGAGUGGUGCUAUUGUCUCUUGAUUCGAGCCAUGGUUUUACUGCUACUUCUGAGCAGGAAGUCCAGUAGGAUGACUCGGGACUCGUCUAAAUGGGGAAAUUUACCUGCAGAACUAUAUCACUAUAGUUACACCAAUAUAAGUCCCUGCAUGAACACUCUUAUUACAGAAUAAGUGUCCAUGUGGGAAAUUAUACUAAUAUAACUAUAUAUUAUACACACAAGUAUAGAACUAUACUGGUAUAGUUCUGUCAGUAAAUUUCCCUGCAUAGACAUGGGAAAUACAGCUCGUCAUUUGACCAUAUAGAGCUGGGUCUUUUAUUGGCCCACAGCUGGGAAGAAUUUACAGUAUUAGUGCCAGUGAAAACCCAGACUUAAGUUUCCUUCAAUGUAAAGCUACUUAUUUGAAAGAAUCAGACAAGCAGCAAAAAGGUUAUACACCACUUCUUCCUAAUAAGCCUCAAUUCCCCAAGCAUAAACUCUUAGUAACUAUGUUGGCCCUACGCAUUAUCCUGAUUGGCAAAUAAAGCAGGUAU